GUUACUGCUUCACAUGGUCUCAGCGGCAGAGUCACCGGUUCACAUGGUCUCUCAGCGACACAGUCGCCGGUUCACAUGGUCUCUCAGCGACACAGUCGCCGGUUCGCAUGGUCUCGGUGGCAGUCACCGGUUCACAUGGUCCCAGUAGCAGUCGGACUGCACUAUGUGAGGGCACGAAUAUCAAGCCUUUGUGGGAUCACAAUUUGUGUCUUUUUUGGUCAUUUUGUGUCUUUUUUUUAUCAUUUGGUGGUCAAUUUGUGUCUUUUUUUGGUCAUUUUGUCUUUUUUGGUCAUUUUGUUUCCUUUUUUGGUCAUUUUGUGUCUUUUUUUAUCAUUUGGUGGUCAAUUUGUGUCUUUUUUUGGUCAUUUUGUUUCCUUUUUUUCGUCAUUUUGUGUCUUUUUUUGGUCAUUUUGUGUCUUUUUUUGUCAUUUUGUGUCUUUUUGGUCAUUUUGUUUCCUUUUUUAGUCAUUCUGUGUCUUUUAUGGUCAUUUUGUUUCUUUUUUGGUCAUUUUGUGUCUUUUUUUGGUCAUUUUGUGUCUUUUUGGUCAAUAUGUGUCUUUUUGGUCAUUUUGUGUCUAGUUUAGUCAUUUUGUGUCUUUUUGGUCAAUUUGUGUCUUUUUUUUGGUCAUUUUGUUUCUUUUUUUUGUCAUUUUGUGUCUGUUUUUUGGUCAUUUUGUUUCCUUUUUUGGUCAUUUUGUGUCUUUUUUUAUCAUUUGGUGGUCAAUUUGUGUCCUUUUUUGGUCAUUUUGUUUCCUUUUUUGGUCAUUUUGUGUCUUUUUUUGGUAAUUGUGUAUCUUUUUUGGUCAUUUUGUUUCCUUUUUUGGUCAUUUUGUGUCUUUUUUUGGUAAUUGUGUAUCUUUUUUGGUCAUUUUGUUUCCUUUUUUGGUGAUUUUGUGUCUUUUUUUGGUAAUUGUGUAUUUUUUUGGUGAUUUUGUGUCUUUUUUGGUCAUUGGUCAUUUUGUUUCAUUUUUUGGUCAUUUUGUUUCCUUUUUUAGUCAUUUUGUUUCCUUUUUAGUCACUUUGUUUCCUUUUUUAGUCAUUUUGUUUCCUUUUUUGGUCAUUUUGUGUCUUUUUUGGUCAUUUUGUGUCUUUUUUGGGUUAUUUUGGGUUUUUUUUGGUCAAUUUGUGUCUUUUUUGGUCAUUUUGAUUUCUUUUUUUGGUCAUUUUGUGUCUUUUUGUGGUCAUUUUCUUUCUUUUUUGGGUGAUCUGAACUGUGCGUGUGAUAUUGUGUUCAGUGAGCGGGGGUCGCUGACAACAUGCAUGUUAAAUUGGGUGUCGCGACUCAAAAAGGUUGAGAAUAGCUGCCAUAGGGUUACAUUGGGGGAAUUUUUUGACGUGUUUUUGCCCAAUAAUUUGCAAACCGUUUGUCAAAACCCUUAGAAAAGCCAUAGCACACUUGUCAUGGGUGAGCCGGUCGAUUUGAUACCUUUUUUGUGUAUGUGCGGCCAAAACUCUGGGAGGAGUAGUCGACCAAAAAAUGACACGGAAGAAAAGGAAGAAUAAUAAAAAGAAGAAGAAUAAGCCCGGUGAAUAGUAGUUAGUGUGCUUUUGCAAGCAAGCACACAAAAUUAUAUAGACAGACAGUUGCAUUAUAUAGCCUGGUUGGCACCAUGGGCAAAAAAACGGGAGUUCCCCCCUCUGUGAAACAGCAAGUGGAGCUGUUCAACACGAAUCGAUCUCGCCUAGGGCACCAAAUGGGCUAGAGCCGGCCCUGCUUUUAUUACUAUAAAUAAACGCUAUUUGGCAUGUUAUAACUGCGAAUAAGCUUUGCUGAUAAGCCUGUUUCUUGUUUCGCAUGCGGUUCUUUUACCUGCCUUACUCUAUUUUGUACUUCAGUUGCUGAGUUCAUCCCAUGUCAUUUACGAUAUGUGGCAUCCUGAUUGUUACUCAUGGAAUGAAACAUUUAUGUUUCCUAUUAAAUCAGACAUUUAUAAUUGUAUAAAUCAGACUGUACAUGACAUGUUUCCUCCCGGGGGGUAAAUGACGCAGCUGCGUCAGUGACGCAGACUGUAUGAGUUGUAACCUGCGCUGCUCGCAGCUUCACUGCGUGCCGCUCAUCACUGGCUGCGGACUCCUGACAACGUUUCAGCUGCUGCGGCUCCACUGCAAAGUUUACUUUACUGACACAUCUUUGGACAGUUGCAGGAACUUUUUGCUGUUGUUUUCUUCUCUAUUACUUUAUUGUUUUGUUGGAGUAGGACUGAAACUCUCGGACAGGUAAGCCUCCUGUCAUUGAACCUCUGUGUUGUUAUUGUCAGUGGAGGAAUGUAACUAAGUAGCCACUGUUCAAAUUCACGGUAGCCUUCUUGCACUUAACUUGAGUAUUUACAUUUUAUGAUACUUUAUACUUUCACCUUAACACAUCAUAGAGUUAACUAUUGUACUUUUUAAUCCACUACAUUUGUCUGGCAGCUUUAGUUACUCUACAGUUUUAAACCCCUCCCGUCCAGUGAAAACCAUGCAUCUCCAGAUGUGUUGAAUUUAAAUGCUCGAAUCAAAUUGAAGGAUAAAGUUUUCCUUUUAUGUGUUCAAAAUUUUCCUUAAUCUAAAGUGGACGGGCAACUUAAACAAUAAAUUAAAAUAUAAAAAAUCCAAAUUCAGUUUGUGCCACAUUUCUGCCAAUAACUGGCAGGCAGUGGUGGAAUGUUACAUACAUUUACAUUAAGUACUGUACUUAAGUACACUUUGGAGGUACUUGUACUUUACUUGAGUAUUUCCCUUUUAUGCAAGUUUAUACUUCUACUCCACUACAUUUUAGAGGCAAAUAUUGUAGUUUUUACUCCAUUACAUUUAGCUGACACCUUUAGUUACUAUUCAGGUCAAGAUUAAACACAAAAACAUGAUCAAUUUAAAGUGAUGAGACAUUUAAAAAACAAACAAAAAAACUUCAUAACAGUGUAUUAGGUAGUUAAAAUUAGCCCUAUCUUUAAAAAUAACACAUUUAAAAUAUAGAAAACAAUCUGCAUAACAAGUACUUUUACUUUUGUUGCUUCAAGUACAUUUUGAUGCUGAUACUUUUGAACUUUUACUUAAGUAAGUUUUCAAUGCAGGACUUUUACUUGUAGUGGAGUAAUUCCACAGUGUGGUUUUAGUACUUUUAUUGAAGUAAGGGAUCUGCAUUCUUCCACCACUGCUGACAGGGAACAUGCUUUUAAGUUAAAAAUAAAAAAAGUUAUAUUUUAAGUUCAUUUUGCAGAUAUAAUACUCACAUACUUUUAUUCAAGAGUGGUUUUGAUUGCAUGACUUUUACUUGUACAGGAGUAUGCACACUGUGGUGUUUUGUAUCUCCACAGGUAUUACCAUGCAUGUGAUGAGUGGUGUCACACUGUGCCUCAGUGUGUUUGGGGCUGUCAGACUGUUCUCCCUGCCCUGGCUCUACAGCCUGUUGGCUGGACUGGGGCUCUGCAUGGUAUGGAGAGGCUCCUGGAAGUUCAUACAUGUAGCUGUAUGCACCAUCAAAAGAGACCUAAUGUGUCUGGUCGCUAUCCUGAAAGUGAGGUUGUCUAUGUACCGAAAUCUGCGAAAUAGAAGCACCAUCCCUGCUCUGUUUGCCCAGAAGGUGACACUGCACCCAGAUAAACCUGCUUUGAUCUAUGAGGCUACAGGAGAGGUGUGGAGUUUCAGGGAGCUGCAGGAGCGCUGCCAUGCUGUGGCUCACUGGGCCCUGGCGCAGGGCUGGGCUGAGGGAGAUGUGGUGGCCUUGUACAUGGAGAGCCAUCCAUUAGUGGUGGCUCUGUGGUUGGGUCUGGCUAUGAUCGGCGUAGAGGCUGCGCUCAUAAACCACAACCUUCGACAGCACUCGCUACUGCACUGCGUCCGAGUGUCUGGUGCUCGGGCCAUGGUGUUUGGGACAGAGAUGAAAGAAGCGGUGUCAGAGGUGAAGGACUCCCUGCAGCCAGACAUGGUUUUGUUCAGCAGUGGGGAGAAGCAUGAUGAAGAGGAUCUCCACAGCCUCCAGGUUCAGAACCUGGACUCCUUGCUGGACGGUUCGCCCAAACACCCACCACAGUACACACUGAAGAAGGACUUCAAUGACAAACUUUUCUACAUCUACACCUCUGGUACAACGGGAAUGCCGAAGGCAGCUGUGGUGGUGCACAGUCGGUAUUUCCGCAUUGCUGCCUUUGGUUUCCACUCCUUUGGCUUGUGUCAUGAUGACAUCAUCUACAACUGUCUUCCCCUGUAUCAUUCUGCAGGUACCAUCAUGGGUGUUGGCCAGUGUUUGCUCUUUGGUUUGACUGUUGUAGUCAGGAGGAAGUUCUCAGCCAGUCGCUUCUGGGAUGACUGCGUCAAGUACAACUGCACUGUAAUUCAAUACAUAGGGGAGAUCUGUCGUUACCUGUUGGCUCAGCCGGUUCGUUCGUCAGAGGCGCAUCACCAGGUGCGUGUUGCCUAUGGUAACGGCCUCCGUCCUUCUGUGUGGGAAGAGUUUGUCCAGAGAUUCAGAAUCAGACGAGUCGGAGAAUUUUAUGGCGCCACAGAGUGCAACUGCAGCCUGCUCAACAUAGACGGCAAGGUGGGGGCGUGUGGCUUCAACAGUCGCAUCCUGCCCACCUUUUACCCCAUCAGACUGGUCAGGGUGCAGGAGAACGGAGAGCUGCUCAGGGAUUCACAGGGACUCUGUAUACCCUGUCUGCCUGCCGAGCCAGGAAUGUUAGUGGGACGCAUCAACGACACGGAUCCACUCAGGAGAUUUGACGGCUACGUUGAUAAAGAUUCCACCAAUCGUAAAAUAGCCCACAAUGUCUUUAAGAUGGGGGACUCUGCUUAUGUCUCAGGCGACAUACUGGUGAUGGAUGAAUACGGCUACAUGUAUUUCAGGGACCGCAGCGGCGACACAUUUCGCUGGCGUGGGGAGAACGUUUCCACCACAGAGGUGGAGGGAGUCCUCAGCCGCCUGCUGGGACACACUGUCGUAGCCGUCUAUGGAGUUUCUGUACCAGGUGUGGAGGGGAAGGCCGGCAUGGCAGCGAUAGCUCACGCAGGAGGCCAGUUUGACCUCAAUGCGUUCUUGAUUGCUGUACAGAAAGCCCUGCCUUCCUACGCGCGCCCCGUCUUCCUGCGACUCAUGCCAUCUGUUGACACUACAGGUACCUUUAAAAUUCAGAAGACACGGCUGCAGAGGGAAGAAUACAAGCCACAAGACUCGAGUGAAAAUAUUUAUUUUCUGAACAGUCGUGGUGGCCGUUACGAGGCCGUUACUGAUGAACUAUAUGACGACAUCAUGGAGGGCAGAGUGUGUCUAUGAGACAGCAGGAGGCUGAGAAGACUGUGAAAGAGGAUAAUUUGUAUAUAUCUAACAGGAAAGAGAAAAAAGGAAGACAUAUAUUUCCAGGGACAAAUAC